UAAAAUCAAAAAUGGCAGUUUGUGUUGGUAUUAUUGGCAAGGAUAAUUCGCCCUUGUACUUGUCUACGACGGAUAUGGACAAGGAGUUGGAAUUGCAGUAUCGCGUCCACGCUUCGUUAGAUGUCGUAGAAGAGAAGUGCCAAGCCGGUGUUAAAGGAACACCAGAAACUAAAGAAUUAUAUUUGGGUCAAUUAUAUGCAACUGAAACUCAUAAAAUAUAUGGUUUUGUGACAAAUACAAAAAUCAAAUUCAUUCUGGUGAUUGACUCUGGUAACAUAGCUCUUCGUGAAAAUGAAGUUCGAGCGAUGUUCCGAAAUCUUCAUAUACUAUAUACGGAUGUCUGUAACCCUUUCUUCUUACCUGGAGAACACUUAGACUCGAAGAAAUUUGAUCGCGCUGUACAUAAGCUUAUGAGCGGAAACAUUUAA